AUGUGCAAAAGUGAGGAACUCGAGGAUUAUACUCCACCUUCGAUUAUCGCUAAUCCGAAACCCUUCUCGCUUAUGAAGUAUAAACGAAGAAGGCAAAGCGACUUACCCUCUGAACUUUCAAAAGCUUCAGAAAACUCAUCCAUGUCAAACGAAGAACUCAGUCUAUCUGAAAUUGCCACUGCAUCGCAGACGGAUGUAACGACGAGUAGUGCGACGACACCAACUACGAAAAACUUUCUUUCUACCUUAGUGGAAUAUUCACUCUUAGAAUCUACAGAACCAAAGGAUUCCCCUGCUCCUCCACCUGCCUUAGAAACCUCAGAUCUUAGUUCAUCUGUGCAUCCAAGCAUCCUGAAAUUCAUCCAAGAUUUGCAACAUGAGAUCCACAAGACUUCUAUGGAGAGGGAGACACUGAAGUUUGAGCUGUUGAGCGCUCGAGCCAUGAUCAGUAUCCUUCAAUCCCGGAUUGUCGUGCUGAAUAAGGAAAUCAAUGAUUUGAAAUCAAACUGA